AUGCCCUGGAGACAAGACAGCCGCCAGCAACUUUUGUGGCAGUGGCCCUUGGCCGGGCUAUUGGCCGUGCUGCUGCUCUGCAUCGCCUUGUUUCCCUCGGGCUCGUAUGCGUAUCAACCUGUGUCCGACGACACGCUGCGCCUGAUUCCCAAUGGCGGCGACGACUUUGACAUACACUCGGGCGCCCUGCUGUCUCCGAUCCUGAUCCCAAGGGUCCCAGGCACCCCCGGCUCGGCCGCCGUCCAGCGCCACUUUAUCGAGUUCUUCCGUGUGCACCUCCCAGACUGGCGCAUCGACUGGUACAAUUCGACAUCCAAGACGCCCGCGACCGGCAACCGCGAGAUCCCCUUUUCGAGCCUCGUCUUUACGCGCGAUCCCCCGUGGGCGCUGCCGGGCGACGUGGGUCGCCUUACGCUGGCCGCACACUAUGACAGCCUAUAUAGGCCCGAGGGGUUCAUUGGGGCCGUGGACAGCGCGGCGCCGUGCGCAAUACUACUGCACGUGGCGCGUAGCAUCGAUGCAGCCCUGACCAAGAAGUGGGAGCACAUGCGGGAGAGCGGCGAGGCCGGGUCGGGCCUUGAGGAGGACCGCGGCGUGCAGAUUGUCCUGCUCGACGGCGAGGAGGCCUGGGAGACUUGGAGCGCGACCGAUUCUCUUUACGGUGCCCGGGCGCUCGCCGAAACUUGGGAGCGUCAGGUCUACCCGGCCUCGUCGGCGCGCCGCUCGGCGCUCUCAUCCAUUGACGUGUUUCUGCUACUCGACCUUCUAGGCGCCGCGGACCCGCAUGUGCCUUCGUACUUUGCCAACACUCACUGGGCUUACGAGCACAUGGCCGGUGUCGAGACGCGAAUGCGGAAGCUUGGCCUCUUACAUUCCACGGAAGCCAAGCCUUUCCUCCCUGAAUCCGAAAAGGUGCCCAACCAGUUUCUCCGGGGCUACAUCGAGGACGACCAUAUCCCGUUCAUGGUCAGAGGCGUGCCCAUCCUGCACAUUAUCCCGAACCCGUUCCCGGUGGUUUGGCACACUAUGGAUGAUGAUGGCAAGCACUUGGACAUUGACACGGUUGACGAUUGGGCCAAGAUUGUCACCGCAUUUGUCGCGGAGUGGAUGGAGCUGGACGGCUACAUGACAUCUCCGAAGCAGGCGUUUCGCCGGAAUGGUGUAAAGGCGAGUGAUUCUGCGAGGCACAGAGAGCUGUGA